AUAGUGCAGAGGGGUAGUGAGAAUUUUACCUCCCACGCCAAACAAGCCCAGCCAAAGGAUGAGUAUCUGGAACUACGUCGUUACGGCUCACAAGCCCACCAACGUGACCCACUCGUGCGUCGGCAAUUUCACCAGCCCUCAGAAGCUCAACCUCAUUGUAGCAAAAUGCACCCGAAUCGAAGUUCAUUUGCUUACGCCUCAGGGCCUGCAGCCUAUGUUGGAUGUGCCAAUAUAUGGGAGAAUUGCAACACUUGAACUUUUUCGCCCUCAUGGUGAGGCACAGGAUUUUCUAUUCAUUGCAACAGAAAGAUACAAAUUCUGUGUUCUUCAAUGGGAUGCCGAGACAUCUGAGCUUAUUACAAGAGCAAUGGGCGAUGUUUCAGAUCGUAUUGGUCGUCCUACAGACAAUGGUCAGAUUGGCAUAAUUGACCCAGAUUGCAGACUCAUUGGACUCCAUUUAUAUGAUGGAUUGUUCAAGGUCAUUCCUUUUGAUAACGAGGGGCAGCUCAAAGAAGCAUUUAACAUUAGGCUAGAGGAACUUCAAGUUUUGGAUAUCAAGUUUCUUUAUGGUUGUUCAAAACCCACAAUUAUGGUUCUCUACCAGGAUAACAAAGAUGCUCGCCAUGUCAAAACAUAUGAGGUUGCUAUUAAGGAUAAAGAUUUUGUUGAGGGUCCCUGGUCCCACAACAAUCUGGACAAUGGGGCUGAUUUGCUAAUACCAGUACCUCCACCACUUUGUGGCGUCAUUAUUAUUGGAGAAGAAACAAUUGUCUACUGCAGUGCCAGUGCAUUUAAAGCAAUUCCAAUCAGACCGUCCAUCACAAGAGCCUAUGGAAGAGUUGAUGCUGAUGGUUCUAGGUAUUUACUUGGUGAUCAUGCUGGGCUACUUCACCUUCUUGUCAUAGCGCAUGAGAAAGAAAAGGUCAAGGGACUGAAAAUUGAGCUCUUGGGUGAAACUUCCAUUGCAUCUACUGUAUCAUAUCUAUCAUAUCUCGAUAAUGCAUUUGUAUAUAUUGGCUCGAGCUAUGGAGAUUCACAGCUUAUAAAGUUAAAUCUUCAGCAUGAUGCAAAAGGUUCAUAUGUGGAAGUACUGGAACGAUAUGUCAAUUUGGGGCCAAUUGUUGACUUUUGUGUUGUGGACAGGGAGAGGCAAGGCCAAGUUCAGGUUGUAACUUGCUCUGGAGCUUAUAAAGAUGGUUCUCUUCGCAUAGUUCGAAAUGGUAUAGAUAUUAAUGAACAGGCUUCAGUAGAACUCCAAGGUAUUAUUACCGGAAUGUGGUCAUUAAGAUCUUCUACUGAUGAUCCAUUUGACACAUUUCUGGUUGUAAGUUUUAUCAGUGAGACGCGAAUUUUAGCGAUGAAUCUUGAGGACGUGUUGGAAGAAACCGAGAUUGAUGGCUUCUUCUCUCAAGUGCAGACUUUGUUUUGCCAUGAUGCUGUGUACAACCAACUUGUACAAGUCACUUCGAGCUCUGUGAGACUGGUCAGUUCUACAUCUAGAGAGCUGCGGUACGAGUGGAAUGCUCCAUCUGGCUUUUCGAUUAAUGUUGCCACCACUAAUGCCACCCAGGUUCUAUUGGCAACUGGUGUUGGCCAUUUAGUUUAUCUAGAAAUUGGAGAUGGGAUAUUGACAGAAGUAAAACAUGCACAGUUGGAAUAUGAGAUCUCAUGCCUUGACAUAAACCCAAUCGGUGAGAAUCCCGACUAUAGUCAGCUAGCAGCAGUUGGGAUGUGGACAGAUAUAAGUGUAAGGAUAUUUUCGCUUCCUGACUUGAAUCUUAUCACAAAGGAGCUUUUGGGAGGAGAAAUUAUACCUCGCUCUGUUCUUCUUUGUGCCUUUGAAGGGAUAUCUUACUUGUUAUGUGCCCUUGGAGAUGGGCAUCUAUUAAAUUUUCUAUUGAACACAAGUACUGGUGAGCUAACGGAUAGGAAGAAAGUCUCCCUCGGGACCCAGCCUAUUACUCUUCAUACUUUCUCAUCCAAGAAUACUACACGUGUAUUUGCUGCAUUAGAUAGGCCAACUGUCAUUUACAGUAGAAACAAGAAGCUACUUUACAGCAAUGUAAAUUUGAAAGAAGUUAGCCAUAUGUGCCCUUUCAACUCUGCUGCUUUCCCAGACAGCCUUGCGAUCGCAAAAGAAGGUGAGCUUACUAUUGGCACCAUUGAUGAUAUCCCGAAACUUCACAUCCUCCGUUCCAUCCCACUUGGCGAGCAUGCACACCGUAUCUGUCAUCAGGAGCAGUCCAGGACCUUUGCUAUUUGCAGUGUGAAGUAUAACCAGUCCAGUCCAGAAGAUUCUGAAAUGCACUUCAUCCACCUUCUGGAUGACCAGACGUUUGAGUUCAUUUCUACCUACCCACUUGACACUUACGACUAUGCUUGCUCCAUCCUUAGUUGCUCUUUCUCUGAUGAUAAUAAUGUGUACUACUGUGUUGGCACUGCAUGCCAAUUGCCAGAAGAGAAUGAACCAACCAAGGGCCGAAUACUGGUUUUCAUAGUUGAAGACGGGAAGCUACAGCUUAUUGCCGAGAAGGAAACCAAGGGGUCUGUCUACACUUUGAAUGCCUUUAAUGGCAAGCUGCUGGCUGCUAUCAAUCAAAAAAUCCAGUUGUACAAGUGGAUGCUUCGGGAUGAUGGUACUCGUGAAUUACAAUCUGAAUGUGGACAUCAUGGACACAUACUUGCCCUCUACGUGCAAACUCGUGGAGAUUUCAUUGUUGUCGGUGAUCUUAUGAAGUCAAUAUCCUUGUUAAUAUACAAGCAUGAAGAAGGUGCCAUUGAGGAGUGCGCACGUGACUAUAAUGCAAAUUGGAUGUCAGCUGUUGAGAUUCUUGACGAUGACAUUUACCUUGGUGCUGAAAAUAACUUCAAUCUUUUCACUGUCCGGAAGAAUAGUGAAGAUGCCACUGACGAGGAGCGUGGCCGUCUUGAGGUAGUUGGUGAGUAUCACCUUGGAGAAUUUGUCAAGCGGUUCCAGCUUGGUUCCUUGGUCAUGCGCUUGCUAGAUUCUGACGUGGGCCAGAUUCCAACCGCCAUUUUUGGUACUGAUAAUGGUGUAAUUGGAGUAAUUGCUUCGCUUCCUCGCGAGCAGUAUCUCUUUUUAGAGAAGCUUCAGUCAAACUUAAGGAAGGUGAUAAAGGGCGUUGGAGGGUUGAGCCACGAGCAUUGGAGGUCAUUUAACAAUGAGAAGAAGACAGUAGAUGCCAGAAAUUUCUUGGAUGGAGAUCUGAUCGAAUCAUUCCUUGAUCUCAACCGUACUAAGAUGGAUGAGAUUUCAAAGACGAUGGCUGCUUCAGUUGAGGAGCUUUGCAAUAGAGUCGAAGAAUUGACGAGGUUGCAUUGAUAUAAUUAUCUGACGAGGUCGAAGAAUUUUUUUUUUUUUUUUUCCCCUUCAAAAACAAAUUAUCUGUUUGAUUCCUCUUUUUUCUUUUUUCUUUUUUUAUUAUUCUUCUAUCUCUUCAUUUGAAAUUUUUGCUGAUGAAUCUUUUGUUUUGUAAUCUCCGCUAUGGUUUGUCCUGUAAGUAAUGCAUUAAAUAUCUUUGAUCA